AGUUUAAGGUUACGUAUUAAAAUCAAAAUUUCAAAUAUCAAUUCAAAUUUCUAAAGCAGUAAAGUUUUGGUUAGAACUUGGAAUGUUAUUAUUGAAAUAGUUUUUAAUAAAAUUCAAAUUUACUAUUGUAGUGGUGUACUGGUGUGCCAAAAAAGAACAUCCACAAUUAUCUGAACUACCUAUUAUGGGAGUAGCUGGAUCUCAUUUUACGAAGCGUAUCCGAAGAUUUAACGUAGUCGAACGGACAGAACGAGUAAUAAACAAAGAUAAACCUAUACCAGCGCCAUUGCACAAAGCAGACGCUGAGCGGCUGAAACAACUUCUUAAAGAUGAUCCACAACUUAAAGAAGAGCUUGUGAAUAAAAAUUCAACUCUUGGAAAGAAUUUACACAGUGUUUACGUUACAUCUAAAGGGGAUUUACCUAAUAUAUACCCCCAAUCAAAAACCAAGUUACCACAAAAUCGAGCUCAAGAAUUUAAUAGUGCGUUCACGUUUCAAGAACCAGAAGUUGUUCCUCCAGGGCGGUAUACGCUUACACAAAUUACUGAAUGUAUAGCUGAUCAUUAUAAAGAUAAACAAAUUUACACAUCACAAGUUUUAGCUGAUCGAGUUAAGAUUGAUAAAAAAUUAAUGGAUAAUAUACUAAAAUACUACAGGGUAUUUGAUAUGUAUAUACCAGAAAAGAUGGUAGAAAAGAAGACCUCUCCUAAAUUGUUCUUAAGUAAUGCCAUUGACAAGAUUAGACAGAGCUUAGAAAUAGAUAAAUAUAAGGAAGAACGAAAACAGAUCGGUAAAGAUUAAAAUGCACCAAAGAAUAAAGUUAGUAAGGUGCUAAUUAUUGCAUAACAUAAUUUCUUUAUUGGAAAAAUUGUUAAAAUGUGUUACAGUUUGAUGAUAAAAGUUCUAUUGUUUUAUGCUGUUUGUUACAAUAUGUAAUGAUUUUAUUUUUAAUAAAAUAAAUAGUUGUAUGCAUUA